UCUCCACUUCCAAAGUUAGCUAAGCACUUGAGAAUAUUAAAAUAUUUCAGGAAGAAAGUUAAAAAUAAGCAAAAUGGAGCCUCAGGGACCGUUAACCAGCCGGCGCCAAUAUUCGUUAUUCCACUUAAAAGUUAGAACUUUCCCACUCUUCCAGACUGCAAACUAAUACACAAAUGCUCAUUUUUUGAACACAACUCCUCUCUCUCUCUCUCUCUCUCUCUCUCUCUUGUCCCUAUAUCAGACACUGCUAGCGAAAAUAUAAUCCCCUUUUUUCUACCCCCUUCCUUUCUCUGUGACUGUGAGAAAGUACCGAGCUUUGGGAUCGAUAGACUGAUCGGUCUAUCACCGCUUCCUCCGAUGGAAAAUGGUUUUGCUUCUCCUCGAGGUGAUGCCUUUCCAGCCGGGCUUCGUGUUCUCGUCGUCGAUGAUGAUCCAACUUGGCUCAAAAUUCUCGAAAAGAUGCUUAAAAAGUGUUCUUACGAAGUGACCACAUGUGGUUUAGCAAGAGAUGCACUAGACAUGCUUCGUGAAAGAAAAGAUAGAUUUGACAUUGUAAUUAAUGAUGUUAAUAUGCCUGAUAUGGAUGGUUUCAAGCUUCUUGAACAUGUUGGACUCGAGAUGGAUCUACCUGUUAUCAUGAUGUCCGUUGAUGGGGAAACAAGCAGGGUGAUGAAAGGGGUUCAACAUGGAGCAUGUGAUUAUCUACUUAAGCCUGUACGCAUGAAAGAACUUCGAAAUAUAUGGCAACAUGUUUUUAGAAAGAAAAUUCAUGAGGUGAGAGAAAUUGAAAACCAUGAUGAUGUUCAAUUAAUAAGAGGUGGAUCAGAAGAAUUUGAAGAUGGACAGUUACUAAGUGGAGGCGAUUUGACUUCACCAAAGAAAAGGAAAGAUACGGAAAAUAAAGAGCAUGAGGACCAAGAAUUCAAUGAUCCUUCUGCUGUGAAGAAGGCUAGAGUAGUUUGGUCUGUGGAUCUUCAUCAGAAAUUUGUUGAUGCCGUAGAUCAGAUAGGAUUUGAUAAAGUUGGACCCAAGAAAAUACUAGACUUGAUGAAGGUUCCUUGGUUGACCAGAGAAAAUGUUGCUAGCCACCUACAGAAAUACCGUCUAUACUUGAGUAGGUUGCAAAAACAAAACCAACCAAAAAGUUCUUUUUGUGGGACAAAACAGUCAGAUUUCACUUCAAAAGAUCCUACUGGAAGCUUUGGCAUUCAGAACUCGAUUAUAAUGCGCCAAAACAGUGCAGGCAACAGCAGUUUUGGAUAUUGCGGCAAUAAAAUUCUUGUCCAAGAUGUGGGCUCAGAAAUCUAUGAAAGUGACUUGAAAGGUGUCAUUUCUUUCUUACCAGUCACAGAACCUAAGAAAGCUUUGGCUGCUGAUGCUUCUAUUCUUCAGAAGUCUAGUAAUGGUUCUGGAAUAGGCCCAACUCAUUCUUUUGGGUCACUGGGGCCAGAUGUCAAGUAUAACAUUCAAUCACCAAACUGUUGGAAUGGAGAGAUUCCAGUGAUGCAGUUUGCACAACCAAAACAAGAACAGGACCCGUAUCGGGUUCUGGAGGAUAGCUAUGCACCUCUGCCACCAUCGGGUGGUCCACGGGAUCAAAUCCAAGCUAAUGGCCUACAACCAGCUCUAUCUAUUAAUCCCAGAACUUCUGUUACAGAAAACAGUAAAGCCAUCACUACUGAAAUUGAGCCCUUGUGUACUGAAUACGGAAGCAACCAUGCUGGAGAUAUAUCUCGAAAGAGACAGAGAAUUGACUCGUUUUCUGUUGGAGGUGAUACAGAUGUAGCAAAUGCCCGAGCCUUUGGCUACAUGUCCACCAGUAAUGGGUCACCACCUAUGAAAAAUCAUAGCUUUGAUCAGAUUUACAUAAAUAACUGGGAUUCUCCCCAACCAAAUAUAAUUCCAGAAGGUGGAUCAAUUUUGAUAUCUCCCCACGAAGACUUGGAAAUCCAUUCACUUCAAGGAUAUGGUUACACUGAGAACGUUGGCUUCAACAACACGGAGUUUUUGACCUUUGAACAUCCAGUUCCAAUUACUGAGCCCUCAAAUCACUUGAUUGAUGGAUUGAGGUUUAAUUAUGAUUAUCCUUGUGACUCAAUGGAGUACCCCUUAAUAGACCGAAGCCUGUUCAUAGCAUGACUCCACUGUAGUGGAGUUUAUCCUUAAAGAUAAAAGUCACAGAGAUCUUCUUCCAGGUUAGUCCGUCUUCAAGCAAAGUGCUUGUACUGGAUGUAAUAGGAUGUGCCAAGGCAAUUAUUAUUGACUGCAUUUGGACAGGGAUGCCAAAAUUUGUACAAUAGAUGGAAGCAGUAUAAUCUUUACCUAUGGUAAACAACAGAUAAUUAUAUCAGAUGUGCUGCUUCAACUGCAAGUUUUGAAAGAUGAAAGCAAUUUUUGUUUUGAUGA